AUGGGGCAGAACGGUACGAGCGAAUCAUGGAGUUUACAAUUUCCCGCAACGGAGCCUCCAGCUGUUAGUUCGCCUAAAGCUGAAACACCGGUAAGCUUUGGUGGACCGCUUACUUUGAUCGUUUUCGGAGGUGAAGCAGUGGAAGCAACCGCUUACUUCUUUGAAGAAAACGAGAUAUUUGCACCGAAUCCUCGUUUUGCGCACUGGAAGGUAUGCUUUGUUAUGUGUUGCUGA